GGCUGCGGGCGGAUAUCCGUUCUGGCCAAGAUGGCGGCGCCCAUAUCCUAAGAAACGUGAGAGAGAAUGGCGGUGGAUAUCAGGUUGGCGGUGGCCCGGAAACGGGUGGCUGAGGUAGUGACAGCGGACAAUGCCCCUCACCUGUUGGCCCCGGGGGACACCAUUACCACAGACUCCAGCUUCAUGAGAGGUCAUGGAACCUACAUGGAAGAGGACAAGCUGUUGGCGUCCGUGGCUGGUGUGGUGGAGAAAGUAAACAAACUCAUCUGUGUUCGACCUCCAAGGACCCGAUACAAUGGAGAAGUUGGCGAUAUUGUUGUGGGAAGAAUUACAGAGGUACAGCAGAGGCGAUGGAAAGUGGAUACAAAUACACGCCUGGACUCUGUAUUACUGCUUUCAUCUGUGAACCUUCCCGGUGGGGAGCUGAGGAGAAGGUCAGCAGAGGACGAGUUGGCAAUGAGGAGCUACCUAAAGGAAGGAGACUUGAUUAGUGCCGAGGUCCAGGCGGUGUACUCUGAUGGCGCAUUAUCACUCCACACUCGCAGCCUCAAGUAUGGCAAGCUUGGGCAAGGUGUCCUGGUUCAAGUAUCUCCUUCGUUGAUAAAGAGAAGGAAGACUCAUUUUCACAAUCUUACCUGUGGAGCCUCCAUCAUCCUGGGAAACAAUGGCUUCAUCUGGCUGAACCCCACACCUGUAGGGGUUGAAGAGGAAUCUGGAGCAGGGGGGUUUGUUACCAAUUUGGAGCCUGUAUCAUUAUCUGACCGGGAAGUGAUUUCACGGCUGAGAAAUUGCAUUCUGGCGCUAGCUGCUCAGAAGAUGUUACUGUAUGACACCAGCGUCCUGUACUGCUAUGAAGCAUCUUUAACCCACCAGAUUAAAGAUCUCCUGAAGACAGAGGUAAUAGAAGACAUAGUGAUGGAGACCAGGCAGCGUCUUGUGGACCAGGAAGGCUAAUCUCUUUGCUACAGAACAAACUGUUGGAAAAAGGAGCUUGCAGUGCAGAUUGGAAGGCUGCCUUGACGAAGUCUGCAUUUGCAUAAAAACUGCUGAAACAAGCAUUCCACACCUGUCAUAAAUGAAUCGUUUGGUUGCAAUUACAGGUAGAGAGAGAGAGACACUGCGAGUUCCUAAUUAAAACAGCACCCCGUGGAAAAAGGCAGGUGUUUGCUGCUCAGCAGCGGUUCAUGGUUUGUAUGAAUAUGGUUACAAAACAAUUUACACAAACCACAGGAAAGGAAAGCCUGUUGCUCAUAGCAGCCAACCCAGAUUUUGCUUUCGUUCUGACAUGCAGUUAAGUGACUGCUGCAAUUGGGUUUGCUGUGGGUGACAUGCAUUGCUUUCUGCAGUUUUUAUAAACCAACCUUGUUAUCUUACUGCACCCCCAAACUCCAGGUUUCCUCAUCAAAAGUUGUAUUGUUUCUGUCUCUUUUUGUUUUUUUAAGUAAACAUUCUUUUGCUAAGA